AUGGUAAGGGCUCUCUUGAAUGAUGCUUGGAGAACUGAACGACUCGAUUGCACUGACGACUCUGACGACCGAAACUUCAAGGCGAAACCAAAUUCCAACAAAGCCGGCAUCGGCCGCUUCAGCCCCGAUGCCGAUGAUAACCAGCAGCUCCCAGCGCCAAAGAAACGCAGAUACCACCCAUCUGAUCCGGCGCUCGACAACGAAAAUAAAAACCAUGAUCUGCGCUCGCCUGCGACCAAGAAACCACCCUCAUUCGUCGUACCUCCCUUGCCCAGCCUCAAAAAUGAACCACCCUCAAAGACCACAAAUGAACAAGUAGCAAUCCAACCCAACUCCGCAGAAGCUGCAGAACCUGCAGAAUCUGCCAAGUCCGCCGACCCCACGGAAACCCCUACCAAAGCAAACGACACAAACGACAUCUGGACCAGGCCGCGAUUCAGGACCGUUGUUGAUACUCAAGAGCGCCGCCGCCGACCGGACCCAGACGGUACAGACCUGGAAUACCCACCCAGCCCUGACUUGCGCGGGUUUGAUGAGUACAAGAAGCGGUGGGAUGAGUGUGCUGGGCAACAUGGUGAUGAUGAGGAUUCUUCAACCUGGCCCACAACCACCCUUUCUACCCCUCUCGACACCGACGACCUCGACACCUGGACCGCAACGCUCUCCACCCUCUCCCUCUCUGCACCUGUCGACACAACCUCGCGCGACGACCCGCGGUUCUUUCCCGACAGAUUCCUUGUCGCGCCGGUCGGGACGCAUGGGAGGGUGGAUAAAGCGAGGGAGAGGAGUUUGAGUCCGGAGGAGAGGAGGAGGGGUGCGAGGGAUUGGUGGGCGGCGUGGAGGUAUGAGGAAUGA